UAUAAUAUACAUUUUGAAACAAAAAAAAAAAUUUCAAUCUGUCAAAGUUUCAAUUUUUUCCCAACUUUUUAAAAAACAAAAUUCUAUUAAUUUUUUAUCAAGUCCCAAUAAAUAUUAGUUUUAAAAUAAUUAAAAUUUUUUUUUAAAUUCCAAAGAGUAUUAUUUUAAACAAUGUCGAUAAUAGAAAAAGAUUGCUAUUGCAAAAGUAAGGAUUCAAAAAAUUCAAUUCAAUUCACAAAGCUGGAACCUGCACUUUGCGAUGAAUUAAAAACAAUCGUAGAAGCUCUAAACGUUCAGGGAAAAGGUAUUUUAGCUGCCGACGAAUCACCUGCCAGUUUAGAGGAGAGAUUCCGAUUUUUAAAUUUGGAAAAUACUGAAAUUACUCGAAGAGAUUACAGGGAAAUGCUAUUUUCAUCUAAUGAGUCGUUACUUGGUCAAUAUAUAAGUGGAAUUUUAUUACAUCACGAAACAUUAUAUCAAAAAACGAAAGACGGUGUAGAAUUUAUCGAUUUAUUAUGUCAAAAAAAUAUAAUUCCUGGAAUAAAAGUUGACAAAGGUUUAGUGCCUUUAUUUGGAACUGAGGGAGAAAAUUUGACCCAAGGUUUAGAUGAUCUAAAAGAAAGAUGCAUUCAAUAUAAAAAUGAUGGAUGUCAUUUUACAAAAUGGAGAUGUGUUUUUACUAUUUCUGAUAAUUUACCAAGUCGUCUGUCAAUUGAAUCGAAUUGUCACGUACUCGCUAGAUACGCAACAAUUUGUCAAAGUGCCAGAUUGGUGCCCAUUGUUGAACCUGAAAUUUUGACUGUCGGUGAUCAUUCGAUAGAAAAAUGUCAACAAAUUCUAGAAGAAAUUUUGUCAACAUUAUUUUUUAUUUUUCAAAAAUAUCAUGUUUAUUUAGAAGGAAUUAUUCUCAAACCAGCAAUGGUUCUUCCAGGAAAUAAAUCCGAAAUUUGCAAUGCAGAGAUGGUUGCAAAAUGUACUGUCACAGCACUUUUAAGAACAGUUCCAUCUGCAGUUUCAACGAUAUUUUUUCUUAGCGGAGGCCAAAAGGAUUCUGAGGCUUAUUCAAAUCUCAAUGCCAUUAAUCUCUUUAAUGCUAAAAAACCAUGGACUCUCAGUUUCUGUUUUGGUCGAGCUCUUCAGAACGAGGCAAUGAAAGUUUGGAGUGGAGAGUGUAGAAACAUAUCAAUGGCUCAAAGUGCAUUUUUGGAGAAAGCAAAAUUGGCUUCACUAGCCUCUUUGGGAAAAUACAGUGAAAAUUAAAUUUUAAUUAAUAUAAAUAAUAAAAUUACUGAUUAUGAAUAUUUAUGAAUUUUUUUCAGAAGGGAUAUUUAUUACUCUUGUUUAAAAAAGUUUUAUUG